UCCUGGUCUGUAGUAGCAGACAGCAGCAGUAGGCGCAGUCAAUAAGUCAUGUCAAACACUAUUUUUUAAGUUUGUUUUGAAAUUGAUAGAUUUUUCAAAUAGUGAAAAUAAAUAUUUUCGGAUUUUCUCGUUUUAACGAAAGGUUUUUAGGUUUUUCUAUUUAUUAAAAAUGCUUUUGAAAAAAAUGGCCAUUCAAAGAAAAGAUCAAUAACUCGUCUAUCGAAAACUUUUCCGUUGCAGACAAACGCCGUAAAUUUGAAAAUGUCCGAGGACACCAGAGAGCAGGCAUCACUUGUGCCUCAAUUGCCCUCGAAUGCCACUCCCGAUUCAAACACAUCACGAGUCGGUGAACAGCAAGUGAGUCGUCAAAGUAAUCAGCGUCGUAUUCAACAGCGCAAGCAACAGGUGUUUUCAUGGCCGAAAAUGAAGAAGCUCAUUAAACUCGCCAAUUAUUGCGCCUGUCAGGAAGAAGGCUGUAAAUGCAUUGGUUGGCGUAUAAAUCAACAGAUUGUCAAAUCACCGAAACCAGAUUCAUCAAUGGUGACCGUCGCCACAUACAAUGAUCCGUGUCGCACAUGCAAUCAUGUUCUCGAGAAGCACGUGUCACAUUUGAUGCGGGAAAAUGACGAGGACAUUAAUAAACUCCUGGGAAUGGUUGUCGAUGUGGACAAUAUUUUCAUGAGUAUGCACAGUGAAAAGGAUCCGGACACGAAGAAAAUUUAUUUGUAUCUUUGCAAACUUAUCAGAAAGGCCAUCUUCUCGAGAAGCAAACCGGCGAUCGAGGGACCAUUGGGUCAGCCACCUUUUGAAAAGACCUGCAUCGAAAAGGGAGUUACGAACUUUGUUGUUUAUAAAUUUGGACACUUGUCGCUGCAAGAGUGGCAAGUGAUGCACGACUUGGCGAAAAUGUUUCUCCACUGCUUGAAUCAUUGGAAUUUUGAGACGCCGACGGUUUUGCGAAACUCGAUUUCAACGGAAGAUGCGGCGGCGUAUAAAAUUAACUACACGCGCUGGCUGGUUUUUUGUCAAGUGCCAGCAUUUUGUGAUUCACUGCCCCAUUAUGACACAACUCGGGCUUUUGGCAGGACUCUACUGAGAGCGGUUUUCAAAUCCGUUUGCCGACAAUUGAUGGAGAAGUGCCACAGCGAGAGGGAUCGCAUGUCACCGGAGAAGCGCGUCUUCGUCUUCACACACUUUCCCAGGUUCUUGUCACAACUCGAGGAGGAGUUGUACUCGGAGGUUUCGCCGAUUUGGAGUCAGGAGUUCAAGCAGGCGCCGCCUCCGCAUUUGCAGACGGCGGAGGAGGCCGAACGCUCGCGGAACGAUUUCGACAGGUUGUACAGCACCUCUGGCGAGAGUGCUUCCCUGAAGCGACCGCUGGAGAAGAAGGAAAUGAGGGUGGAUGCGAAAAAGAAGCGAAACGAGGAGCCAUUCGAGGAUCUCUCAAGUCAAGUGAUUGCGGAGAUUGUCGCGAGGAUCGACGACCCCAACUACAUGUGCGGACCGGAUGCAUUUUUCUCGACAAAUGUCCCGCGGGACGAGACACCGAAAAUGGAGGAGAGUAGAAAACUGAUAGAGUUCCACGUGAUUGGGAACAGUUUGACUCAGCCAGUUUCGAAGCAAACAAUGCUUUGGUUAAUUGGUCUUCACAAUGUCUUCUGUCAGCAACUCACCAAAAUGCCAAAAGAUUACAUUUCGCAAUUUGUCUUCGACCCGAAGCACAAGACUCUGGCACUCAUCAAGAAUGGAAGACCCAUUGGAGGCAUUUGCUUUAGAAUGUUUCCCACGCAGGGUUUCACGGAAAUUGUUUUUUGCGCCGUCACCAGUCACUUACAGGUCAAAGGCUAUGGAACACAUUUGAUGAACAUGUUAAAGGACUACCAUAUCAAGAAUAAUAUUCUCCAUUUCCUGACGUUUGCGGACAAAUAUGCGAUUGGCUAUUUUAAGAAGCAGGGUUUCAGUCUUAAACUCCCGAGACUUGUUUAUCAGGGUUACAUCAAGGAUUAUGAGGAAGCAACGCUCAUGCACUGUGAGCUCAAUCCCAAGAUUGUUUACACUGAAUUUUUGGCGGUGAUACGAAAGCAGAAGGAAAUUAUCAAGAAGCUCAUUCAACAGAAACAUCAGGAGAUUCAGAAAGUUCAUCCUGGAUUGACUUGCUUCAAGGAAGGAGUCCGAGGUAUCCCAGUUGAGGCAAUUCCAGGAAUCUGUGAAACUGGUUGGAAAGGCUACGGGCAAACGAGAACAAGAAAAGUUGCUAAAACAGUGCAGGGUCAGGAGCCAGUUGAGGCGUGUUUGGACGUGAAAAAUUCUCUAUACACGAGUUUGAAGGAAGUUUUGAAUAGCGUGAAAAAGCAAAAUACCGCGUGGCCAUUUUUAAAACCAGUAGACAAAGAAUAUGUCCCCGAUUAUUACGAUCACAUUAAAUAUCCCAUGGAUCUAAAAACAAUGUCUGAUCGUUUAAAAGAUGGUUAUUACGUAAGUCGGAGACUCUUCAUUGCGGAUAUGACGAGAAUAUUUACAAAUUGCAGAUUUUACAAUAGCAAAGAGACUGAUUAUUUUAAAUGUGCGAAUGCUCUGGAAAAAUAUUUUCAGACAAAAAUGAAGGAACUUGGCAUAUGGGACAAAUAGUGUCAUUUUUAUUUUAAAAAAAAACUUUAUUUCCCUAAUUUAAUUUUUUUCAUAUAAGAGAAAAAGAAAUAUUUCCAAUUAACGAAAAAUUGUAAUAACUUUACAAUUGACUUAUAAGUUAUUAAAUUGGUUGAAAUUUGUAAAAAUUGGAUCUUGUACAAUUCAUCAUUUGAAUUGUCUGUAAUUGAUUCUACUUGAAAAAAAAUGUAUGUAAAGUGAUUUAAAUUUUUUCUCCAUUUUCAAAACUUGGUUUCGUCUUCGAAUUUCACGUUUCUUUGUCAUUCAUCAAGUGUAAUAAAAAUCAUAUUUUUAAAAUGGGAA